GACGCCCUCGAGCAGUACAUGGCGUCUCCACAUACUCCUGCUGUUAGGGAAGCUGUGAGCGCUGCCGUCCUCACAUAUGAAGAAGCUGAAAGCACUGCCGUCCUCAAAUAUGAAGAAGCAAAGCGCACUACCUUCCAUGCAUAUGAUGAAGCUGAGAGUGCUGCCUUCCACGCUUAUGAAGAAGCUGAGAGCACUGCUGUCCACGCAUACGAAGAAGCUGAGAGCGCUGCUGUUCACGCAUAUGAAGAAGCCGUGAGCGCUGCCGUCCAUCAAUAUCAAGGAAACAGGUCUACUUGGAUAGCAAAGUUACCGUUUGAGCGCUUCCGGAGGAAGGAGAGGAGGGGAAAAGAAUCUUUUGAACGCUCUCAGGCCAAGAUGAAAGAAGAUUUCGAACGUUCUCAGGAGGAAGCGAAACAGGCCUUUGGGUGUUCUCGGGAGCAAGCGAAACAAGCUUUUGAAAGUUCUCAGGAGGAACUGAAACAAGCUUUUGAACGUUCCCAGGAGAGACUGAAGCAAGAGUUUGAACAACGUUCUCCGGAGAAAGUGAAACGUCUUGCGAAGGUGGAGUUACUCCGAAGAAUUGUUCAAAUCAUUCUACAGUAUCGCCUGUGUAUGUUUCAACUCUAGCAAGACCUUAAGGCAAUGCAACAUAGCGUCAAUGUUGUUUCGGUUCGAAGUGGAGUUGAGGGGUCUCGGCGGUGAAUGCGGGUUUUCUUGAAUGUGGUCUGUCGAGGUAGUUUCAGGAGGUGGAACUAUAUGAAAUAGAUGUAUGAUCGUGCAAUCUGGCGUUUUUUCUAGUGUGGGGUGUACGUCUUCGAAUGAUGUCGGUCACCCUCAGCCGAGACGGUGGCGAGACCGAUUGGGCUUGAUUGUCAGCUGUACCUCCCAAUUAUCGGCGGUCUGAUUGCAAGUGGAUUAAGGUCUUGUAUGUGUA